CCGGGGAAGUGGUGCAGUUUAUCUUUAAGGAGGCUAGAGAAAUAAGAAAUGAGUCUCACGUUGCAUGGGUGACAUCACUGGCUUUUGGCUCAGCGCUCUGUAUUCUCUGUCUGUAGGCUUUAGCCAAGGCUGCAGGGCUCGGUGUUUGAACAAGGAAAGAUUCCCAGGUGUACGGAAGAUUGGAUUCACUCUUAUUUGGGUUAAAAACGGUGAAAUGAGAUUUCUAAAGCUUGGGGACUCCAGCUCGCCUUCUGUUGCACUUGAUCUCUACGAGAUGGGUGAGUUAUUCCCAUUAGAGAGAAAGGGAGUGGAAAUUUAAGGAGAAAGGAAAAUAUGUCUGAAUAUAUAACUGCUGAUGCUGGGGAUACGAUUCCUAUGAAGCUGCUGAGCUAAAAAUCUCAGCUCCGACGUGGAGAUCGGGCCAUAUGGCAGAGAAAUGGUGCAGACCGAAAGCUGUUGACAACUGUUAGGGGCUGCUUUCCUCUCCACCGUGUAAGAUGGCUAACGUGCCGCCGUGUUAGGCAAACUGUGCACAACACAUCCCAGCGCCGGGGGACGAAGGAAGCCUUUUCAGAUACCAGCGGAAAAAGGGGGUGGUGGUGGUGGAAAAACAAAACGAUGCUGGGGCCGAGGACCGCUUCCAGUGCUGCCUAGCGGGAGGCGGGCGGUCGCGGCGGGUUCCCCCCCCCCGCCGCCUCUCCCGGUACCGGGAGCGGGGAGGGUCGGCGCCGCGCUCGCCGGGAGGGAGAGCCGAAGGAAGGGCCGCCGGGGCGCUCCGGGGAAGGGGCCGUGGCGUUACCGCUGCCUGGAUGACAGCGCAGACGACAAAAGCGGGCGAGUGAACGGCAAGGCUGGCAGAGAGAAGCCGAAGGUGUUUCCGGAGGCGAGAUGUCAGUGACUGUCAGCGAAGUCUGCUAAGGGAGGGAGAGCUGUGCGUGCCUGCGGUUCCACAUCCAGCCGGGGAGGUUGUAUUGUAGCCGCGAUUUAAAACGGCGGCAGCAACAACAACAGAUUGCUUUCCCCCACUCUUGCUCCCUCCCCUUCGACCCCACUUUAAACCCAAGCAAGAGACCCACCGUCCAGAGGAUGAUGCUCUCCCUGAGCCGCUGACAAAAGAAAAGGCAAGUCACCCAUUCCUGAAACCGGGAUACCCGGCUGCUUGCAAGCGGGAGAUCUCUAGCUGUUGAACUUUUCUGUCCUGUGAUGAUGCUGUCGUGAGCCUGCUGAUCUGAAAGCCAUCUCUUCUGGAUUUCCGAGCUGGCCAGAUUGAAAGAGAUUAAUGGACUGAUCAAACAGCCGUAGCUUUCAGCUUCAGGGGAGACAGAAGCCAUCAACCCUUUUUGCUCGGGUGCUUGUGGUGAGGGGAGCAGGACAUCUUUGUAUAGGUGGGUCACUGGCUUGCUCCCGUUCGAGGUGGAAGGCUGUGUUUCUCCUCGUCAGGUCUCCUCCGCAGAGGAGAAGAGGCAGAUGAGACUCCAGGACUGCCUCCAGGGCAGAACUUUGUAGCGCUCUCAGCAUCCCUCCGCAGCGUGGAUGUGAGCCACAGGAGUUGGGGAUGUUUGAGGCAGUCUCUGCCAAGUGACACCUAGCAGCUGCUCCGGAGGUUUUUUUUGCGUGGUCUCACGCUCAAGGGCUUUGCCUGUUGUGAAGAUGUCCAUGGUGUUUCUGUGAAGCUGAGGUAUGGCUGCUGGAAGGUUACUGCUGUAUGCUGGCCUCUCUUUAGCUCUGUGUGCCCUGGGCAUGCUGGCUGUGGCGAUCUGCUCUGACCAUUGGUAUGAAACUGAUGCCAGGAAGCACAGAGAGAGGUGCAAGAGCAUCACCACUAAGAGAAAUGAUCCUGGCUUCAUUUAUAACUCCAACAACAACCUGCCUCUCAGGGCCAGCAGGUCUAAGUUGGACCGCUGGGAAGGGAAACUCCUCUUGGCAAGAAACAGGAGGCAGAUCUUUGCUAUGAGCGCAGUCGACGAGUGCAACAGACAGUACAACUCGACCAACAUGGGGCUCUGGAGGAAAUGCCUCCGACAAGGAUUCGACCAAGAGCUGGAGGAGCUGAUUGCCAAAGGAGCAAUUGAGCGGUGCACGUACAUCAAGUACCACUACUCCUCAGCGACCAUUCCCAAGAACCUCACCUACAACAUCACCAAGACAAUCCGCCAGGAUGAGUGGCAUGCCUUGCAUCUGCGCAGGAUGACAGCUGGCUUCAUGGGCAUGGCUGUGGCCAUCAUCCUCUUCGGAUGGAUUAUCGGGGUGCUGGGGUGCUGUUGGGAUCGAGGCCUUAUGCAGUAUGUGGCGGGGCUUCUCUUCCUCAUGGGAGGAACCUUCUGCAUCAUUUCACUGUGCACGUGCGUGGCUGGAAUCAACUUUGAGCUCUCCCGCUACCCCCGCUACCUGUACGGACUGCCCGACGACAUCAGCCACGGCUAUGGCUGGUCCAUGUUCUGUGCGUGGGGGGGCCUGGGCCUCACUCUUAUCUCUGGCUUCUUCUGCACUCUGGCCCCUUCUGUCCAACCUGUCCCCAGGACCAACUGCCCCAAAUCGAGACCUGAGAAUGGGACAGUGUGCUAAAACGCAUAGCAAACAAAUGCACACACAUACGUAUAUAUAUAUAUAUAUGUCUAUGUAUGCCUAUACAUGCAUAUAUAUGUAUAUAUAAUUAUAGAUAUAUAUAUAAUCUCAAUUUAAUGCCAGUGCCAAGGUAGAGCUGAGUCCGACACGGCACUCACAUCUCCACCAGACUCUGUGUUCCUUCCUUCUUUCUCACAACUGAUGGGAAAGCUGUUCUCUCACGUGGCUCUUCCAUCCAACUCUUAACUUCAGCAUCAUACCUUAGAGGUCGAACGAACAUACAGUUGCACCUACCUACUGCCAUUUGGGAAGGGGAUCAGGGGGUCCAUGUGGGGGAUCUGGAACCAGAAUCCGAACAGGACACGGAGGGUGGGGUGGGGGGGGACAAAAAGCCUGUCCAUUGCAGCCAGAAGGGAAAACGCAAACAGCAAGCAAAGGAACAAAGCAAAUAUUUGAGCCACCUCUACAACGUACCUCCUCAAGGCCACUAUCAGAAACCCACCCACUUUCUUUUUCUUUCGUAAAACAAAA